AUGAUGUUGAGACAGAUCAAACCCAAGAAUGCCCGCAGCAAGCGCGCCCUCGACAAGAAAGCGCCCCAAUUGCACGAAAACCCCAAAAUGACCUUGUUCCUCCGCUACACUUCCUGUUCAGAAAUCGUACAACUCUGCAUGGGCGACCUGCACUCUCUAAAACGCCCUCUCGCCCAANNAAAGUUCACAAAGAAAAACGACAUCCACCCUUUCGAAGAUCCUUCAUCGCUGGAAUUUUUCGCUGAGAAGAAUGAUUGCUCGCUCAUGGUGUUUGGCUCGCACAGCAAGAAGCGUCCCCACACUGUUACCUUUGUGAGGUUUUUCGACUACAAGGUCUUGGAGAUGUUGGAGUUGCACGUGGAUCCCGAGACUUUCAGGACGAUUUCUCAAUUCAAGAGUGCCAAAGCCAGAGUGGGACUUAAGCCUUUGGUAUCUUUUUCUGGUACUGCAUUUGACUCGCCGGUAUCCAACACAUAUACCAUGGCCAAGAGUCUUUUGCUCGACUUNUUCAAAGGCGAAGAUACGAAUAAUGUGGAUGUGGAGGGUUUGCAAUACAUGGUGCACAUCUCGGUCGCCGAAGAGGAGGACGCGCAACCCGCACCCAAGAUCUGUCUCCGCACGUACAUGAUUUCGACAAAGAAGAGUGGACAAUCUUUGCCGCGUGUCGAAGUCGAGGAAAUGGGUCCUAGAGUGGAUUUCCGCGUUGGCAGAGUCAAGGAGGCUGAUGUGGAUAUGAUGAAGGCUGCCAUGAAGAAGCCCAAGGGUCUCGAGGCAAAGUCAAAGAAGAACAUCGAGACGGACAUUAUCGGCGACAAGGUCGGCCGCAUCCAUCUCGGCAAGCAAGACCUCAACGACAUGCAAACGAGAAAGAUGAAGGGUCUCAAGAGAAGCAGAGACGACGACACCGAGGGCGGCCCUGUUGUCUCCGACGACGAAGGCGAGGACAUCGAUACCGAUGGCGGUGUCGAGAUCAAGAAGAUCCGCGUCUAA